AGGACUGAAGUCAGAUCUGGAAUCACAGUAGCCUUCACAGAUACUGUAUAAAGAAAGAGAGCUGUGCACAGAGGCCAGACAACGGUGGAGACAGACCGAGAGAACGAGACUGAGAUAGAGCAGGGGACGGCGCAGGUAAAAACCAGAGUCGAACAACAGCCAAACAGUUUCAGGGAGGAGGGUGGGACAGGACAGUCCUGAAGAAGACAGGCAACAGGGAGACACCGCAGAGAACGACACCAGUGAGACGGAGAAGCUGGAAGCGAAAAGAAAGCUGAAAGGGGUCCCUGGGUUUUGCUCAGGGGGUCCUAUGGGUCCGAGGGGCUGCUGAGCACCAUCGGGAGCAAAAGGUGGAGUCAUGUCUGCAGACUCCAGGCCUGGAGAGACGGCCAUGCCGGGUGGACCGCAAACCUCAGGGCCGGUGGGUCUACAGACCUUGCUGGAUCUGCUGGUGGGCGUGUACGAGGAGUUCCAGUCCUCACCCUUCUCCAGGGAGAAGUAUGUCUCCGGCUUUCUCCAGUGGGCUGAGCCCCUGGUAAGACAAGUGAAGAAAACUCGCAUCCAGAGGGGAGACUUUGACAUCCUCAAGGUGAUUGGCAGAGGCACCUUCAGCGAGGUUGCUGUGGCACGCAUGCGCCAGACACAAAGGGUGUAUGCCUUGAAGAUUAUGAACAAAUGGGACAUGCUCAAGCGUGGGGAGACAGCUUGUUACCAGGAGGAGAGGGAGGUCUUGGUUAGGGGAGACCGGCACUGGAUCACAGAGCUGCAUUAUGCCUUCCAGGAUGACAACUACCUGUACCUCGUGAUGGACUAUUACAUAGGGGGUGAUCUUCUGACACUUCUGAGCAAAUUUGGGGACCACAUUCCAGAGGAUAUGGCCCAGUUCUACCUGGCAGAGAUGGUGAUGGCCAUUGAUUCAGUCCACAGGUUGGGUUACGUGCACAGGGACAUCAAACCUGACAACGUGCUACUGACUGCAGAAGGCCACGUGAAGCUGGGAGACUUUGGGUCUUGCCUGUGCAUCCAAGAAGACGGCAUGGUUCACUCCACCCUAGCAGUGGGGACCCCAGACUACCUGUCCCCUGAGAUCCUGCAGGCAGUGGAGAGCGGGCAGGGAUAUGGGCCAGAGUGUGAUUGGUGGGCGCUGGGUAUCUGCGCCUUUGAGAUGCUGUUUGGCACCACACCCUUCUAUGCUGAGUCCCUGGCUGAGACCUAUGCAAAAAUCAUCCACUUCCAGGAGCACUUUGAGUUCCCACCGUCGGCCGCUGAAGUUUCAACACAGGCAUGCUCACUCAUCCGGGGGCUGAUCUGCGACCGGGAAAAACGUCUUGGGCGGAGAGGCGCCACGGACUUCAAGAGCCAUGCCUUCUUCCAGGGCUUGGACUGGGGCUCCCUGCAGCACUGCCCAGCCCCCUUCCAGCCCAAGGUGUCCAAUGCCACUGACACCUCCAACUUUGAUGUGGUGGAUGACUUCCUCAGUGAAAUGGAGACUCUUGAUGACAUGAUGGACAGUCCGCCUGCAGGGGUCCACCUGGCCUUUGUCGGCUACUCAUACACAGCCACCAGGGAAACAGGUGCCCAAGACCGCAGCCUUGACAUCAUGAUGGAAAUCGAUCACCAGCAAAGCAUAGACCAUGAAGGCCUUCUAAUCCAAGACAAUCUGAGUCAGCUGUGGCAGCUCAGAGACCAGCUACCAGCUGAAUUACCUGCAGUGUUUGAGCGCCACCUGGCACAGAAUCAGGGUACAGCGCAGUCCUUGCAGUGUGAGGAUGAUGCGGACCAGAGUGCCGCAAAGGCUGCAGACCUUGACAGACAGCUGCAGCAGGCUGAGCGGAGAAACAAAGAGCUGGAGUCAGAGGUAGAGAGAUUGCGGUGCGAGAUACAAAGCCUCAAGAACACCAGCAGACCACCAGCAGAGCUGAGCGUCUCCCCCUCACGCCUCUCUCUGCCUGCCCACUGCCCGGACCCCGCAGGGGAUAGGAAGGUGGCAUCUCCUGCCUGCCAGUACCCCCUGGUGAUCCCUCUGCACAGGCAUCUGCUGCUGUUUCACAGGGUGCGCUGGCCGGGGGUAAUAUAUGAGGGCUACUUGCUGGUGUGUGCAGUAGGUGUGGAGCUCCAGGCCUGGGGUCGGCAGCAGAGUGCGGAGCUCUCGUAACUGGUUGGCAAUGUCUUGAGCCGUCCCCGCGACCCAGCACCGCUGUGUGCCGUACCCCUCCUAUAUACUUAUCUGGACAGAAGAGAUGAGGGGAAGGAUCAGGGCAAGACAGCAUCUGAUUACCUCAUGACGCACAGAUGCCUAGCGCAAACCCUAUGGAUAGUGGGCUCCCUCUGGGAACAGUCCUGGCUCCCCUUUUGACACACCAGUAAGAAAACGGAGGUAAAAGGACCUCCCGGCUAAAGCAAAUCACCACAUCUGUCCCAUGGGCAAAGUAAAGAGGAGUGUGGAGCACAAGGGACACUUCUGCAAAAGCUCUCAGUGGAGUCUGGACUGGUGGCAGGCAGGUUGAGGCCAAGUUUGGGGGUCACUGAGACAGAGACAGACAAGAGGGGGUAAACUGGGGACGAGCUCUGUCUGGAGAUGUGGAGCGGAAACAGAAACUGCUGGGCUUUGGAGGGUCCCACCAUACACAUAUAGAAACACA